AACUAGCAACUGGAAAUUAACAGUAGUGAAAGGCAUUUCUUAACGUUCGAUUCAUAAUUGUUUUACAAUUCAUAAAUUAGUUUCUGUGCCUGUACAUGUACGACAUACGUAGGUAGAUGCAAUAUGUGUGUAAGAAAUUAUUACAGUUACUGAUACGGCAAGUGUACUAAGUUUGCAGUAAAACAUGAGAAAUUCUUUAGUGUUAUAACAGUUUCAUCUAAUUUUUAAAAGUACCUGAAUAUUAUUGGAUAUUAAAAAACAACAGCCUGAAAUGCCUUAAAUUCGGGAAACAUUUCGUGAUAUUAUUAUUUAAAAAGCGCUUCUGGAAGUGGUUUAUACACAAUUACAAUGUUUCUAAUUUCAUGUAUAAGGGCUAUGCCGGAGUUGAACUCAAAAAACUCCAAGGAACCUCCCCUACUCACUAAAGGAAUGGCAAUAUCAUUCGGUUUUAAACGAAGGGUUUCUUCUGCCCCAGCGACAAAAACUCAACAUUCUUCAUCGACCCUUGACAAUUCGAUUUUCAGCACCGAUCGAAACGCGAACAAGUGCGGUAAUGAAACUGCAAAGUUCAUUAAAUUUACUAGACAAAAUGACCCCGUAAAGAAAAACACAGACGACAACAGAAAAACGAUACCCCGACCAAGCAGUCUAACGAACAGGACGACAAAUGAUUUGGGCGUUUCGUCUCUGACCCGAAAAAAGAAUAAGGACACUGUCCAAAAAACAGUAAGAUUUUCGGCGCUAGAACCGAAAACGCAAAAGAACACUAACACAUCUAAUUAUACGAACAAACCAAAAUCUAACAAUAAUAACAACGUCCUAUCGCCUCCUGCCAGCAAAUUCACUUUAUCUGCGAGCAAUUUACCAAAACCACAAAUUCCUAUUCAUGUGACUAACUUAAAAUCAUCGAAAACGCUCCUCAAUAGUAACAAACAGAAGACAGAACAAGACGAUAAGAAUAAAUCAUACGACCCCAAAGAAAUUUUCUUGACAAGUAAUCUUUACAGAAGACUAAAUGUCAAAGUAGAAACCAAUCCAACUUCGACUACAGCAUUUAAACACCAGAAUAUUCACACGACGAGUAAAAUCGAUUUCCUAACUAACCGAUUCGAAAGCCACAAAGUGGAUGUUGAUGAUAACGCUGAUAAAUAUUAUUCGCUUCCAGAAACAGUAAAUCUAAAUGAACCACUUUUAAAUAAAUACGAAGGGUCUCCUUCGAGAACAUCCAGAUACACUUUACCAUCAACCAGAUUUAAAUCAUAUUCGAAUAAAAGUGGACUUCCAUUUAGCAAUCACAACGUAAGCCAAAAUAAAUACGAAUUGUCCACACACAUACCAUCAAACAUUGAAGAUGAUUCGCCGAAUCUUGAUAAAAACGGUUUUAAAAACCCCCACAAUUCACCCCAAAAAUCAAAUCGCCAAUAUGCUCACAAUAUCUACCCCACAAUAACGAAAUAUGAAAAACCGCCACAAAUAACAAACUUGAGCAAAGACCACAAUAACGUCCGACAGAAAACCUUCAUCAAAACCGAACUUCCAAAGAAUUUCUUAUCAGAUACUCGGGAAAAAUUACUAAUCGAUAACAACUAUGUUUUAAGUGAAAAAGUUGAACAUUACAAUUGGGAUAAUGCUGGUGAAACAAUGGCCGAUGAUGCUAGUUGUAGUUUUAGUUCUAGUGACGAAAGUAAAGAGAAAGAUGUCUGUGAUAUUGAAGAUGACAAACUUGAUAAACUUUUGAUUUCUGGCGAGGACGACGAAUUACUUAGUGUUCCCCCAAGUUCCCUACCAUUGGCCACAAAAGACCCCGUGUUUGCUGCAGUAGCAAAGUCUACAGACGCAAUAGGAAAUCUUUUGGAAGAUGAAUCUCCAGCUGACAGUUUGUUCUGCAGCUUAUCAGAAGAGAACGGCAAAGUUGACGCUAUAAUUAUCAAAAAUAAAGCAGUAGCUUGUACAAGUAAUAAAAGUAGUCCAAGUGAGGAAAAAACGUCUCCCAACACCCCAACUAAUGGGUCUCUUUCUCUCUCAGACGGCAAAGAAUUUCUAAUAGAUGAUGAGAUCGCUGAUCAGCCUGCCCUAGUAUUUAAUCAAAAUACUCAUUUAUCUCACGAGAUCGCUUCGAUGUCACUAACCAAUUCUCCGAGAAAGAAAAGGCAAAAUACUCAAUACGGUACCUACGAACAUCAUGAUCACACGAUGUUUUUAAAAGAAAAUAAGUUGAAUAAAAAAACCAGUUCCCUGGAUACUCUUUCGCCCUGCGAGAGUAUUUCAUCUGACGAUCUAAUGAUGAACUACGACAACAUGGACACCAGUGAAUAUGAUGAUAAUGAAAGUACAGAGAAGGACGUAGUUUCUACUCGUUUUUUAAAAUCAAGAGCAAAGGCUUUGGACUUCUCCCCUAAGCAUUCGAGUUCGCCUAUACACCACGCAAGAGUUACCGAAGUGAAAUUAUUUGGAAGCCCAAAAAGAUGUGCACAACUGGAACUUUCAGAUCGCAAUUCAAUCGAAUCCAGUCAAAUUAUUUGUAAUCCAGAAAUUCUUCAAGAUGUCUCUGCCUUUAAAGACAUGCUGACCCGAUUGCGCGGAGUUUUAUUGGAGUUUGAAACACCACCCAUGAUAGAGAACGGCGGAAGUUCGCAAGAAACUAAUUUACCUAAAUACGCCGAAGAGAUCCAUAAUUAUAAGAUGGAAAAUAAUGAUCUUAGAAGACAAGUUUUGUUUCUGCAAGGACAAUUAGAAGACAAGGAACGUGCUUUAGUUGAACUACACGAAAACAAGGAAGCAACGUCACUUCCGCAGAACAUUUCAGCGGAAACGUCUAAUGCGGCAACACAAACUGAAAAGGCACGCAGUCUAACAUCCAGUCGAUCUUUCAUGCACUUCUCCCACCAUAAAGACGAACUAGGAUCGAUUCUUAGGUAAUAAUCUAAUCUUCAGACGUGUAACACGAGUAUUUAAACAUAAAAAAAUAUGUAAAAAUGUAAUCCCUGUCCUUAUAAAGUAGUCUAUUUAUCUACUAUUUGUAGUCAACUAUUUUAUACAGUUAAUAGAAUUGAGGAUGAGACAAGAGAGAAAAAAGAAAAAGCUAAUCGGGGAUGGUACUGAAUUAUACAUAAAGUAUUACCAUUCAGUUAUCGAAACAACUUUUUAGCUUUCGUUAUUCUCGAUCGAGGAAUACAUUAAAAGAGUGUUAUUUAUUUGUGAUAUAAAAAAAUUAAUAUUGUUUUUUAUAUACCAAGAUGGUUUAUAGUGUCUAACUGUGCAAUACAGAAAAAACAAAUUAUAAUUAUAACUCAAAAGUUGACUUAUUUUUAGUUUACAAUCUUUCAAAAAUAACUUACGAUUUAUCAAAAUAUCAUUACAACUAUAAUGGUGCUUAUAAAAUAUAAUUGCUUUUUAUAAUAAUUAUUGAAGAAUAUCAACGCUUGUUACAAUCCCAAAUUAACGCACAAUAAAUGCAAUGUAACUACAAUAAAACAAAAUUUUACUUGAAAAUAAGAAACCGUUUCCUGAAAAAUUUUGGACUUUUUCCUAGUUCAUAGGAGAGCUAAACAUGUUAAGUUUUAAAUAAUUAUUAUUUACAACUUAGUGUAUUUUUUGUGCUGCUCCUGAUAUGUGAUGGUAUCAACAGGUUCAAGAUUGGACAGGUAGUUUUAGUUGAUAUUUUACUUGGAAUAAGUGUAUUGUGUGCUGUGAACUUAUUAUGUUUAAUAAGUCUCCUUUAUUCCUGUACAACUUGUUACUGUUCAACUGUAGAUGAUUAUUACUAAUAAACCCUAUAGCAGAUGUCAA